AUGGCAAAAAGUGGAGAUGGCAUACACAUCUUGCAGGGUCUCUUAGUCUUUGGGAAUGUGGUAAUUGGGAUGUGCGGCAUUGCCCUUACAGCAGAGUGCAUCUUCUUUGUGUCCGAUCCGCAUGGUCUCUACCCUCUGCUGGAAGCCACAGAAAAUGAUGACAUCUAUGCUGCUGCUUGGAUUGGCAUCUUUGUUGGCUUUGCACUCUUUGCUCUGUCUAUCCUUGGCAUCAUUGGAGUCAUUAAGUCCAAAAGGACCUUGCUGCUGGUGUAUAUUAUUCUGAUGCUGAUCACUUAUGCAUUUGAAAUGGCUUCUUGCAUCACAGCAGCGACGCACCGAGACUUUCUCACUCCGAAUCUCUUCCUAAAGCAAAUGCUGGAGAUGUAUCGGAAGUCAGAGCCCAUAAAUAACAAUGACAAAUGGAUGACUGAAGGGGUCACAAAGACAUGGGAUAAACUCAUGCUUGAGAACCAGUGCUGCGGGGUGCAGGGCCCCACCGACUGGCAGGAGUACAUGUCCGCCUUCCGCACCACGCACAGCGAUGCCGACUUCCCUUGGCCACACAAUUGCUGUGUCAUGGAUGCCCAAGGGUCUCCUGUCAACCUCGAUGGCUGCAAGCUUGGAGUCCCUGGCUACUAUAACAGCAAUGGUUGUUAUGAUGCUAUUUCUGGGCCAAUGAACACACAUGCCUGGGGCGUUGCCUGGUUUGGUUUUGCCAUCCUCUGCUGGACUUUCUGCGUCCUCCUUGGUACCAUGUUCUACUGGAGCAGAAUUGAAUACUGAAGGCCCGAUGUCCUCAACGCUGUCCAGAAACACCAUGUGAAACUGCAUUCGUUCAUCUCCUGCUCCGUUUUCCUUGUGCCA